UUUGCUUUAACCCGUUCCAAUUCUGUCCGCCGUCGCUCUAUUAAAUAAUAACAAAAAUAACAACAACAAAAAUAAACAAAAUAAUAUCACAAACGACAACCAUAACGAGUAUCGCAUCUAAAAAAAAAUCAAAAUAAAAUAAACACAAAAACAAAACCAACAACAGCAGCAGGAAAAUCUUCGAACAAAAAACACACGAUAUUCUAAAAUAUCCAAACAGCAGCAACAGCAGUGGCGAAACUAUCAACAAGCGCUAAAGAGCAGCACGCAACAGGAGUGGUUGUGGAGUGGAGCAGCAGCAACAGCAACAGUGUGUCUCAGUGUUAUCAACAACAUUGCCGCCUUCGUCGCCGCGCGCAACAACGUCUCGCUCCAGCACUGCGCCGCGCUCCAUACCGACGCCGCAGUCGCCGCUGAAGUCAGCGCCAAAGUCGAAGUCACAGUCACAGUCAGGCGUCAGCAGUCGAACGUCAAAAUACGACAACAACGACAACAGCGACAACGAUAACUACGACGACGACGACAGCACCAAAGGGCAGCGGAGAAGGCAGAAGACUCUGCACAACGCACACAAAAUUUCAAUAUCCAAAUCAAAGUUGCGUUCAAAUCGAACACGGCCGCAAUAGUAGCAACACCGUAGCAUCGUAACACGCGGACUCUCGACACUCGACACUCGAGAUAGCAAACCUUACCACUUACUACCACUCACUAGUGCAGUUCUAACCACGUCGUCGACGUGCACCAUCAUACGAUAGCAGUUAUCAGCCGAGAGUUGCAAAUAAUUUUAACGUGUCCACUUUGAAUUGGUUUUCGCGUGCAACGUGUUGUUGAAUAAAAAAUCCAAAAUUUCCAAAAAUCGAAAAAUCAUAAACAGCUUUAAAAAGUUCUUUAGCGACAGCAUUUAACGUAUUAAUAAAAAGAAACUUCGGUGGUAUUUUAUCCUCUGUCAAACCAAAGCUAUUCCCCCAAAUCAUAAACUAUUGCACUCAUAUGAACUUCACUUCUCAUAAACAAACUCAAAAAAACUAAACGAAAACGCUUUCAAAAAAGCAAAUUUCAAUUUGAAUUUGUACUACAGCAAAUUGUUGCUACUUUUUUAGUAAAUAUUUAUGAAAAUACUUUGGUGUUAUGUAAUUGCAAAAAUUAGUAACAGAAGUUGUACGUACUUGAAAUCUGAAAUCUGAAAUCUAUGGUACUAAACCACAAAUAGGCGCAAAUCUAAACUUUCACAGUAAGCGAAGAUCUCAACAGCGACUUUAUUACGACAUAAAAAUAUAUAGUAAAAAUCAUAAAUUAAUUGGAAAAUUAUAACGGUGAGCGAAUCACUACAAAUUUACAAGAAUUUAUUGUUAGUGCAGCUGUAAACGUUUAGAUCAUUUAGCAAAACGAGCGAGUUCUGCGCCAAAAACUGAGAACACUCAGUGAGCGCAUGAAAUAAAUAUAACUGUUGUCAUUGUAUUUGUAUUGAAAGCCCAUAUUAGCAGCAGACAAGCAAGUCCUUGCGCUUUUUGGCAAUUUUGUAAACUAAUUUUGAGCAAAAUUUCAAAAACCAAAAAAAAACAGAAAAAAUAUUUUAAGUAAACAAAAGGUUGUUGAAUAUUUGAUUUUAUGUGCAGAAAUUAACACAUCAUAUUAUAUAGUAAUAAAAUGCAUACAAAUAAUUUUUAAUAUUACAUAUCAGUGUUAGAACAAUUGUACCAGUAGCGUUAGUUGUGAGCGAGAGUUCAGAGCAAAUAGUCGAAAGCAAUCAGCAGAAAAUUGCGACAAAAUCAAAGUAUUGUAAAAAGGUUGUUUACAUAACGGACGAAAGUAGUGAGAGAAACAUUUAUCAAAAAGAAAACAAAAACAAAGCAGCAAACAAGUACACAAACGCAUUGUAAUCAAAGUCAAUUUCGAGGCAUAUUUAUAGGCGGCACAGCAGCAGCAAACACACUUAGUCAAUCAGCAAUGCGCAUAAAUUGAGCAGCGCGAAGCAAUUGUGGAAACACCUUCUAAACUCAGAACCUUUUUGUGAAAUAUUUCCGCGCAAACACAAAAUUUGAAUAGAGAAUAAAUAAUUAAAGCAAUUUACUUACAAAUAUUUCGUAUUAGGUAAAUUAAGUGGCUAGCAGCGGCGCAGAGCGUAUUUUCUGCGUCACACUAAGUAGGCUACAACAGUAUUCUUAAGACACAACUCAGCUUUGGUGCAGCAAUCCGUGGCACCAAACUGACAAGAGAGUAAGCGUUUUGACAAUCAGCGAACGUUAGCAUAUACAUACAUAUAUAUAUAUAUAUAUAUACAAAGAUAAAUACACACUCGUGAAAGCAUUUGGCUGGAAGCGCAGUAUUUAUGCAAGUAGCAAGAAUUUAGACAUAUUAGCAAACGAUUUACCCCAACAACUUAACUGCAUCUACAACUUGCCACUCUGAACUUUUUACGAAGCUAUACAAGCUAUACAACCUUUUUAUAAACAUAAACUACUCAGUCAGUAACUCAGUCGCUUAGACCGACGCAAGCAAAUCUCAAAUACUGCGUAUCACAAUCUCAAAUCUCAAGCUAACCAGCGCUGUGCGAACUAUAUUUGGAAGAAGCGGAGCCACGUUUACCAAAUUGAGCUAAAUCUAAAUCUUUAACUAAACUUGACAAUCCAAUCCCCACUUUUGUGAAAAGCGAUAUUUCUUAGACCUCUACUUGCUAUACAACAAGAACUAUAAGAAUUUUAACACAUUUUAUAAAACUAAUUAAUCAGCAAAUUAUAUAUCGAUAUUACUAUACUAAAACAUAUUUCUUACUAACUUAUUCAACUUACUAACAUAUAGAUAUAUAUACAACAACUAACUGUGUUUCUUUAUUACAUAUAUUUACUAUUUGUAGCGCAACUUUGACGUGAUUUAUAGAGCUAAGCAUAGUUGAAAAGGAAAUUAAUUGAAUUACAUUAAAAAUAUAGCAGUGAAAUUGAAAUUAGUACAUUCUGCACAACUUAUUGACAAUCUUUCUCUUCAAAUAUAUACUUACUAGCUGCUAUUUUAUCAAAUCGUAUAUAUAAAUAUAUAUUUCUAGCUGUAAUCAAGCAUUAACUGAUAACUACGCGUUAAUUAAACGCACGCUGUGUCUAUUCAAUCAUAUUGAAAAGCUAUUCAAUCACAUAAAAAACUUUUCAAUCAUAUUGAAAGACGAUUUUAUCACAUUAAUAACUAUUCAAUCAUAUUUGAAAAGCUAUUCAAUCACUCUAAAAACUAUUCAAUCAUAUUGAAAAGCUAUUCAAACACAUAAAAAACCAUUUAAUCAUAUUGAGAAGCUAUUCAAUCAUAUUAAAAACUAUUCAAUCAUAUCAAAAACUGUUCAAUCAAAUUAAAGAAACUAUUCAAUCUUGUUAGGAACUAUGCAAUCAUAUUGAAAAGCUAUACAAUCAUAUUAAGAACUAUUUAAUCAUAUUGAGAAGCUACUCAAACAUACCGAAAAGCUAUUCAAUUGUACUGAAGAGCUCUUCAAUCAUAUUAAAAACUCUUUAAUCAUAUUAAAAAAGCUGUUCAAUCAUAUUAAAAACUGUGCAAUCAAAUUGAAAAAUAUUCAAUCACUCAUAUAUUUAAUAUACAUAUACACAUACUUGUGACAAUCUACAUUUUCUUGAAGAAAACUCUGAACUUUGAAGAAAUCUAUUCAAUCUGAAGCGUUUCAAACUUUACCUACAAAGUAUAACUCUUACACGAUUUUAGCAAUCAAUCAAACACAAUUAUACAUACAUAUAUAAAAGCAGUAUAAAAUAAUUUAUUGUAAUAACGGCAGAGUUAUUUCUUAGCCGACAGUUACAAAAAGCAAAAAGAAGAAAACAAAAAAUUUUAACUCAAAAAUCAAUUUUUUGCUAAUUUCAAGUAAAAAGAAAACUAAAUCUUAGCACAAACUUUGUCGAACAAAUUAAGUUUAAGUCAACAACAACAAAAACAAAUAAAGUAUUAUACCAGAAUUGAAACAAAAGUGAAAUUACUUUAGCGUUCAAGCAUAUCAAUUACAAGCGCAACAUUGUUAUUGUAAAGCAACAAUUUGCUUGCCAAAAACGAAAUACAAAAACAAAAAAAUAUUCAUAAUUACACAAUCAUCACUUCGUUUUCACACUCAUUGAGAAAACUAGAAACCUUGUGUCUCCUUGCCAACCGCUCCCCACAAAAGAUCCCUUGCAUAUACCACGCAACGCGCCAAUUUUGCGAAAGCAAACUCAAAAAAAGUGCAACAAAAUCAAAAGUAAAACGGCGAGCGAUCCACAAAGGCAACAAACAGCGUAAUCAGCAAAAACAAAAACAGCAAAAGCAAAAGAAUCAAAUCACAAAAAAAAAAACUAAAAGUGCAAACAAAGCGAUCAAGCUAAUAAAUCAAACUAAAUCUAUAGUUUAACUAAAGAAAUAUAAUAAAAGAAGAAACAAAAACAAAGCUAAAUACAAUUUCAAAAAUAUUCAAAACUAAAAGUUCCUUAAACCAACAAAAAACAGUGUGCCAGUGAAAACACCGCAUUAAAAACGAUAGAGCAUCUUCGAAGCGUAGCGGAAAAAGCAACAAAUUUCCAAAACAAAAAAACAUCCAAUACAACAAUUACAACAACUGUCUUAAAAAAAAGCAUUCACCAUUGACGCGUUAAAAGAAACGGUUGCAACAACAGCUUCAGUAACAGCGGCUUUGGCAACAGCAACAAUCAAAGAAGAACCGGUUAAGAAAGAUUUAAUAAUGCGAGGAAGCGACGAACUUUUAAGUCAAGCAGCAGUUAUGGCGCCCGCUUCUGACAAUAAUAAUCAGGAUUUAGCCACAAAGAAAGCCAAAUUGGAGCCAAGCACCGUCCUUGGUGGAGUUGGCAAACCAUCAAAAGUCAUCCACUUGCGUAACAUUCCAAUUGAGUCCAGCGAAGCAGAUGUCAUCUCACUAGGUGUACCGUUCGGUCGCGUCACAAAUGUGCUCGUCUUGAAAGGCAAAAAUCAAGCUUUCCUCGAAAUGGCUGACGAAGUAUCCGCGACAUCUAUGGUCUCAUGCUAUACCGUUACACCGCCACAUAUGCACGGACGCAUGGUUUAUGUACAGUUCUCCAAUCAUCGCGAAUUGAAGACAGACCAGAGUCACAACAAUACCGCUGUCGUGUCCAGCGAUUAUCGCAUUCAGUCGCCAGCAUCUGGCUCACCGCUACCGCUGUGCAACACCGCCACCACCACCAAUGCCGAUGGCACCAUCGCCGUACUACAGAACAACUCGAACGCAGUCAACACCAACUCCACAGCCGGCGGACCGAACACGGUGCUGCGCGUCAUUGUCGAAUCGCUGCUGUAUCCGGUGUCGCUGGAUAUCUUGCAUCAAAUUUUCCAGCGUUUCGGCAAAGUGCUGAAAAUCGUCACAUUUACAAAGAAUAAUUCAUUCCAGGCACUGAUCCAGUAUCCGGACGCCCAUUCGGCCCAGCACGCCAAGAACAUUUUGGACGGCCAGAACAUCUAUAACGGUUGCUGCACACUGCGCAUCGACAACAGCAAAUUGACAGCUUUGAAUGUCAAAUACAAUAAUGACAAAUCGCGCGACUUCACAAAUCCAUCAUUGCCACCGGGCGAGCCGGGCGCCGACAUUAUGCCCACCGCCGGCGGCUUGGUAAAUGCCAAUGACUUACUUCUGAUCGCGGCCCGACAGCGGCCAUCCCUAACAGGAAUGCCGAUUUCAAUUUGUUUUCCUAAAAAAGUUAAAAAUCAAAAUUACUACUUUGCAGUGAACGGACUCGGUGCUCCCGGCGUAUUGCCGCCAUUCGCACUCGGCAUCGGCACACCACUCGCCGGCGGCUACAAUAGCGGCAUACCGAAUUUGAGCGCCUUCGCGCUGGCCAACAGUGGUGCUCUACAAACAGCAACGCCCGCUCUGCGCGGCUUCUCCAACGUACUGCUGGUCUCGAAUCUAAACGAAGAGAUGGUCACGCCUGAUGCUCUAUUUACCCUCUUUGGUGUUUAUGGAGAUGUGCAACGUGUGAAAAUCUUAUACAACAAAAAAGACUCAGCUCUCAUACAAAUGGCCGAACCACAACAAGCCUAUUUGGCUAUGAGUCACCUUGACAAAUUGCGCUUGUGGGGUAAGGCGAUACGUGUUAUGGCUAGUAAACAUCAGGCUGUGCAGCUGCCGAAGGAAGGACAACCGGAUGCCGGCCUCACACGCGACUACUCACAAAAUCCAUUGCAUCGAUUCAAGAAACCGGGCAGCAAAAAUUAUCAAAACAUUUAUCCACCAUCGGCCACAUUGCAUUUAAGUAACAUUCCAUCAUCGUGCACUGAGGAAGAUAUCAAGGAAGCAUUCACCUCCAACAAUUUUGAAGUUAAAGCAUUCAAGUUUUUCCCUAAGGACCGCAAAAUGGCGCUCCUGCAGCUCUCGUCGGUGGAAGAAGCCGUCUUGGCGCUCAUCAAAAUGCACAAUCACCAGCUCUCCGAAUCGAAUCACUUGCGCGUCAGCUUCUCCAAGUCGAACAUCUAAGCCACAACAACAGCAACAACAACAACACAACUACUUUAUACACAUAAAUGCAUGCAGAUGCAUGUGCAAAGUGUAAUUAGCUGCAGCGCGCAUAAGUAAAGGCAUAGAAGUGAAGCAACAACAACAAUAACAUAACAAACAAUAGACAGAGGAAGAGGAAGCAAUAGGUGCAGAAAUGUAAAAUAGGCGACUACAAUAGGCGUGGCGCAGAAAGCUCACCACAAAACGACCACAUAGAAAAAAUCGCAAACAAAAAAAUCAACAAACAAUAGCAACAACAACAAGUAAUAAGGAACACAAGAAGAACAGCAACAACAAACAAGUAAUCAACAAGGAUCACUACAUAUCUACAACAACAACUAUACUAUUCUAAAUAGCAACGGCAGCAGUAGCAACAGCAACAACAACAAAAUUUGUAGUGUACUCAUUUAAUGAUCAGCCCCAACUACGGGAACUCUGUACAACAACAACAACAAAGAACCAAUUCUCUACAACCGCAAGCACUGGCGGAUGAAUCUAUAUUUCAUAUACCUAUGUAUAUAUGCUUAUACAUAUAUGUGCGUCACUAUUACACUUUUUUUUACAUUUGUAGUUUUAUUCAGCGAAAAUUAUUGCUACACCCUUUAUUAAUUAUUACUUUUAUUAUUAAUGAUACAACUUUAACACUUAACACACAUACAUAUACAAGUGUACUACAUAUACAUAUAUAGAUUAGAUAUUUUUUUGAGCAAAUUGUACGCGUUAGCUAUAAAUCAAUAGAAAAAACCAUAGAAAAAAAUGGCACAGACAAGAAAAUUCGGAAAAACCCCCCCAACCAAAUUCUCCCCCAUCCACCAACAUUUCGCAACUGCUCACAUGCAAAUGUACAUGACAACCACUAGAAAACUAGAAUCAACAACAACAACAAUAGCAGCAACUAACCGAAAUUUUGGUGUUAAAUCUAUUACAGAAAACAACAACCACAUCAGAAACAAAAACAAAUUAUAUUAAUAUAGUUAUGCUGUAAUAUUUUAUGUAAGCACAAUAAGAGAAAGAAAAACAAAAACAAAAACAAUUUCAAAAUUUAAAAUAAUAUUAAUUAUAAUAUGUAUUACAUGUAUGCGCUGAAUUGAGAGGAGUGAGUAUUCACGGUAUUGUUAAAGAGCAGAGAUGUUAAAGAGCAAACGCUGAUCAAACAGCAAAUUGCGAAAAAACUAAAAUUAAAAUUAAAAACAAAAUAAUAAUAAAUUUAAAUAUUACAUUAAAGAAAAUUUAUGAUUUUUUACUAGGCAUAGCAGAAGAUAUAUACAUACAUACAUAAGUGAAAGUAAAACUUAAAGCAGAAGAGAGAAAUAUGCGUUAAAUGCGAUAAAUAUUUUAGAGAGCUGUGUUUCGUUUUAAAAAACAUGCAGAACAAAACCUAAACAAACAAAAUAAAUAACGGACAAAAUGCAACUGAAGGAAGUGACAAUUGAAUAUAGGCGCCUAAAACUAUGCAAAUGCGCGCGUAUGGCGACAUAUAUACAAACAAAUAAACAACUUGCAUUAUGGCAAAUUCAUGUCCUUGCUGCUAAAUGUUAUUAAUUAAAGUUUAAUUACACAUAAAUUAUUAAUAUUGAAUAUUUAAUUAUAGACGAAAUGGAAUUUUAUUUUAAAUUAAUUGAAUUAGGCUUAAGAAAAAAACACCCUACUUUAAGCAAAGUAAAGUAAGGGCGAGAAGAUUUACACACACACAUACACAUGCACGCGUGCAAAAAUGCGUCAGCGCGCAAGAAAAGCGCAGAUUUUGCAUUAGAGAGCAGCUUGUAAAGGCAACAGAACAAAUUAAGAAUAGAAAAAAGUCAUGAAAGAAAAAAAUGUCAAAAAGGAAAAGCAAAAUUGCAAGUGUAAGAGCAUAAAAGAAUGUUGAGUGCAUGUGCAAGUGCAACUAAGUGUAAAAUUUAUGAAUUAUUGAUAAUCAGUUGCACACACACAUAUACAUACAUAUGCAUGCACCACUGAGUUCGACAACGUAAUCAAUAAGAGAAGUACCACAAAAAAAUUUAAAAAAAAAAUAUAUUAUUAAUUGGAAUUAACGCUGCGAGUUGCAAAAACGGAGUAAAAUGCGCAUAACUUCAGCAGAAAGUAAACAUUCAAGCAUACUGAAGUAUGUUCAAGCAUGUGCAAACAUGAUCCAGCUUGUUUAAGCAAACAUGUUAAAGCAUGCGCAAGCAUAUUCAAACAUAUUCAAGCAUGUUCAAGCUUGCUCAAGCAUGUUCAAGCAUUCUCAAACUUGUUCAAGCAUAUUCAAACAUGUUCAAGUAUGUUUGAAGAUGUUCAAGCAUGCUCAAGCAUGUUCAAGCACGCUCAAACAUGUUCUCGCAUGUUCAAACAUGUUUCAGCAUAUUCAAGCAUGCUCAAGCAUGUUCAAGCAUAUAAGUUGCAGCGUAUUUGAUUUGAAUUUUAUUUUAAACACGUAAAUAUACCCGAAGCUGCGGUAUUUUUAGUAUUAUUCCUUAACAAAAAAAAGUGAAUGUGAAAUUUUUAUUAAAAAAAAUUAAAAAACAAAAUUUAUUAGAGAAAUUAAAAACGCAGCGAGCUUGGCGGCAGCGCUUGAAGUGGCAAAUCAUAACUGUAAAUGUAACAAAGCAUGCAUAUAUACAUAUGUACACAUAGUAUAUUGUAAAACUGAAAAGAAUUUAAACAGAACAAAUACAAAUCAGUAUAUUAUUAUAUACAAAAGCAAAAAAAAAAAAAUACAAAAACAAAAAAAUACAAAUACAUAUGCAUAAGAAGAGAAGUGAAAACUAUAAGUGUGAAAUUGUAUUGUAAUUUUUAUGUAAACCAAUCAAAACUGUUUGUUCGUUUUAUUAUAGUAAACCUUAAGCCAAGUAUGAUAAAAAAAAGAAACAUAAAAAUACAAUAAAAUCAAACUUAAACUGACUUAUACAUACUCUUA